GACGUAACCGGAACGUGACUCAAAAUGUCUACGGAAUACAAGCGCUAAUUCAUGAACGGAGAUCUCAGCUGGAUUCCGUGAAUUAGUUGAAAGCUUAUAUCAAGAGAUGGAUAUUAUUAGCAAAGAAUUGGCGCUGUGAAGUAAUUGUUGUUGCGAUUCUAUACAUUUAGGUCUUUAUUUUGUUCUAAGAAGUUCGGGUAACUUCGAACAGCCAUGGCAGAAGAACGUCGGCAGAAGCAGUGUUCAGUUGUCCUGCCCACCGAGUCCAUGAAAGCCAUGGCUGAGUCUGUUGGGGUUGGGCAGUUACAAGAGGAAAGCUGUGUAGCGUUAAGCGAAGAAGUCAGCUACAGAAUUAAAGAAAUUGCACAGGAUGCUCUGAAAUUUAUGCACCAUGGGAAGAGACGUAAACUGACCACCAGUGACAUAGAUCAUGCUCUUAAACUUAAAAAUGUAGAGCCGCUCUAUGGUUUCCAGUCGCAAGAAUUUAUCCCUUUUCGCUUUGCAAGUGGUGGUGGAAGAGAGCUUCAUUUUUAUGAAGAAAAGGAAGUUGACCUCAGUGAUAUUAUCAACACUCCUCUUCCCAGGGUUCCAUUAGAUGUAUCGCUCAAAGCUCACUGGUUAAGCAUUGAGGGGAUGCAGCCUGCUAUUCCGGAAAAUCCACCACCAGCACCGAAAGAGCAGCAAAAAGCUGAAUCUACGGAGCCCCUCAAAGUUGUCAAACCUGGUCAGGAGGAAGAAGGUUCGAUUCAGGGAAAGAGUCAGGGAGCAACUGCUGCUGAUAGCAAAGCAAAAGAGAAGGGUCUAAUAAGGUUGAAGCCACGCAGCACUCAUGAGCUGUCUGUAGAACAGCAGCUCUACUAUAAGGAAAUUACAGAAGCUUGUGUUGGCUCCUGUGAAGCCAAAAGAGCAGAGGCUUUACAGAGUAUUGCUACAGAUCCUGGAUUGUAUCAGAUGCUUCCAAGAUUCAGCACAUUUAUAUCUGAAGGAGUCCGUGUCAAUGUAGUGCAAAACAACUUGGCUCUUCUGAUAUAUCUAAUGCGGAUGGUCAAAGCUCUAAUGGACAACCCCACUCUCUAUUUGGAAAAAUAUCUGCACGAGCUCAUCCCAGCUGUGGUGACCUGUAUUGUGAGUAAGCAGCUAUGUUUGCGACCAGAUGUUGACAACCACUGGGCUUUACGAGACUUUGCUGCUCGGCUCAUGGCCCAAAUCUGUAAGACUUUCAGUACUACCACCAACAACAUCCAGUCCCGCAUUACCAAGACUUUUACUAAGAGUUUGUUGGAUGAGAAAACCCAGUGGACAACUCGAUAUGGCUGCAUUGCUGGACUUGCUGAACUGGGAGCUGAUGUGAUUAAGACGUUGAUUCUUCCUCGGCUUUCUGUAGAGGGUGCUCGCAUCAAAGCAGUGAUGGAAGGACCAGUGCUCUCUAAUAUUGAUAAAAUUGGGGCUGAACAUGUUCAAAGCCUCUUAUUGAAACAUUGUGCAAGUGUUAUUGCCAAAAUACGACCUCAGCCUGACACCGUAGAGCAGUAUCGAACAGACUACGGUUACCUCGGACCCAUGCUAUGCUCCCAUGUGAUGAAGGCCAGGACUCAAGCAGCAUUGCAAGCUCAACAAGUCAACAGAACCACAUUAACAAUCACACAGCCUCGUCCCACACUUUCAGUGUCACAAAGUGGUUUAAGUGGGUCAACAGGGCCUCGCACUCCCAGCAUCAUUAAGGUACCAAGUUCCCUCACCUUGAUGUCGCCUCGGCCAGGGACACCAUCGCAGCCCUCUCCACCUGCAACCAAGUAUAUUGUCAUGGCAACCAGUGCUGGAGCUGCCUCAACUCAACAGGUAAUCACUCUCAGCUCCUCCCAGUCAGCUUCACCAGUAACUAGCACUGUUCCUAGUGCUACUUCAACUUUGCAACCUCUGGUAAAACUGGACUCUGGCAGUGCCCCUGGACUGACAGGUUCGCGACCUAUGCAAAAAUACAUAGUGGUGUCCUUGCCCUCGCCUGCCUCUUCUUCCCUGGAGCCUAAGAGUUCUGUGCUACCAUCCUCCAUAUCGUCAGUCCCACUAGAAUCAGGGAUGAAGCUAGAACGGUCAGAGUCUCCUGGAGCAAACACACAGUCACCACACUGAGUCCUGUGUAGUUUUUGGUGAUUUUAAUUGUUUGUGCAGCUGAAGACCUUGUUUGGCCUGAAUUAAAAGUGUUGUACUUCAAACAUUGACUGACGAGGAGCAAAUAUGGUAAUACUUUGUAAAUAUGUUAAUGCCCAGUGAACUAUGAUGUCAGUCAGCGAGGUCUCAAAUGUUUCAGUCUAUAUUCUAACUGAUUUCAUGUUGUUUUUCUACUCUAAAAUAAAUGAGAUUUUGUAUGAAUUCCUACAAUA